GAUCACACGAACUCAGCAGUGAUAACAGUACCGGGUGGGCAGUAGUGUUGGUACGUUGGUUGAUACUUUGAACAUUCCAGAGUCCAUCCUCAUCCGUCGUAGUGGGCUGCUCAGUUCUACAAAAUGGCGGUCUCCAUUCCGACAUGGGUCUUGGUCGUGGUGUGUCUUGGGUUGAGUGCAUGCGUUUCUAGUCAAACCCAACCUUAUUGUGUACCAACAACAGGUGCUUCGCCACAACCUAAUGAUCCGCCAUUUCCCCAACUUCCGCAGACGUUCCAGACGAGGAUAGAGGCGACGAUUGCAGACAAAAACUACACUGUGUCCGCGGAGGAGUACUUUGAUGGAAAUAAUAAUAGGGCCACUCUCACCAUGUAUAAGGAUGGGGAGCAGUUCAAACUCAUUUUCGACUAUGUCAACAACCAGCUCUUCUACGUCUAUUCGGACAAUUCGUGUAAAGUUGACAAUCUGACCGCCGACAGCAAUAACAUCUUAUUUGGAAAUAACGAGCAGGGUGGUAAAAUUCAUGUCUUUACUACAACCGGAGUUCUUCAUUUCUUACAGAAUAACCAGAUUUAUAUGGGAGUGAAAACGAUCCGAGGCGUGCAGUGUGAUCACUGGAGAACCUGCACCUCGUGGCCUGCUCUUAACGCCACCUUCCAGCUAGAUUACUACUUUACAACUCAGCAGUGGGUCAAUCCGGCCGGAUGGCCCCAGGUACCAGUCCGAGCAGAGGUGACGGGAACUCAGAAAAUGAACGACAACACUUACGUACCAUUCCAUCACUUCUACGAUUAUGUAAACUUCAGGAUCGAAAUUGACGUCACUAGUGAUGUAUUCUUGACGCCUCCUGGGGUGGUGUGUCCGGGUAGGAAACAGACCCGACCCGUUCCUGUUUUACAAGGUGCUUAUAUCUACAGGGAGGAGAUAGUGGCCCCCACAAACAAUGCCAUAACUGAGGCUGACGUUUGGUACGAUGAUCUCUUUGGACUGGUACGUUAUGACUUCCGUCCACAACCUAAUACUCCUCCCUACUACAACACCGACGCUGCUACCGAGAUUCAUGACUUCAACACAGGUAUCGCCUAUAAUAUUGACAAGACGAUGGGGAACUGUACGAUUACUCCCAUCAAAAACUCAUCUUUCGACGCCAGCAUCAACGUGACGACAUCUCUUAGUGGAAAGCCCUCCUUCGUCUUGCAAAUGAAGUCACCAGGCCAACUAUUCUACCUAGACAACUCUUAUACAUUUGAAGGCCAGAGAUUUGCAAGAGAUAUGGUCUGUGACGUCUUCAUUUCUAAACGGAGCGACUUUAAGUUAGGAGGACUGACAUUGAAUGCUACGUUCCAAUUUUACUUCUUGGCAAAAACUUUCACGGAAAAGAACAACGAAGGAAACAUUGACCAGACGGCGACAGAUAUUCCAGUGCGGUUGGACAUAUCCGUCUCAGGGAUACCUUACAAUGCUAGAUACAACAUAUACGACUUUUCACAAGAGCAUCCGGAACUCACCAAAUUUGACAUCCGCACCUGCUUCGACAUUGACGAUAAAAUACCUUUCAAAAUAACGUUCGGAGGAACAUUUGAUGCUAAGGUGCAAGCUUUUCGGGAGAUAUUCCUGUUCCAGUCGAUCUCUGUAGUAUCAGAAGCGAGUGGUGUAUCUCCGCUAAGGAUCCAAGGCGUCGACUUUCAGAUGGAAUACGACCAAGCGUUCUUUGUUGGAACAUUGCUAGAAAAAGCGCCAUCCAUUGCAAAAUUCCGACAAAUCAAAGGCCAAGUGUUGCAGUACCACAACGACAAGACCAUCACGUACGUGUCACAGGCCAGUGACUGUGCCGACUACUGCGUCACGAACAACUUCACGUGCAACAGCUUUGACUACUGUGCGCAGUCGCAGACUUGUACUCUCAGUAGAAGUCAUACAGAAGAUGGAACUCUCGUGGGAAGCGGAGGAUCGUGUGAUCACUACUCAAGAACGCUCGGAUCUGCGUUCCGCCCCGAGGUAGACAUGCAAACUGCAUGGGAGAAGCUCAGGAACGCCGUUGUCCGGGGAGUGUUUGUACUCAACAUAAAGUUUGACACGUCAACGGUAUCCUACAAGGCAUCAGACAUAUCCUCGAGUGUGUCUCUGGGAGGUGUGAGGGACCCAUCAUCAACUGCAACGUUGAAGCAUUUUAGGGCGAUGCACAACAAGAACGUACCCAACUACGACGACGACAUAGAGGACGGGAUCUCUGUCGACGACUGUGCUGCUGCCUGCGUCGCUACGGAAGUGUUUAUCUGCAAUUCGUUUGAGUACGAAUGGCAAACCGGACGGUGCACUCUUUCACACUUCCACCCAGAUGACGACCCAAAAAAGAUUCAGAAUAUCAACGGCAUCGACCUGUACAUUCGUGAUUACACCUCCAAGUUUAACCUGCAGAAAGGCACCACUGUUCUGUCCUCCUCACCUGUAAUCUACCAGGGCAUCUACGACGUGAAUGAGUGCGCCAAGCUGUGCGUCGACUACCACGAGUUCCCAUGCAAGUCCUUUGAUUAUUGUGAUCAAAUCGGAACAUGCUUCAUUGGAAAGAUCCACGUCCUCGAUGUGCCCAAAUCUUCAAUAAAAGCAUCUCCACAAUGUGAUCAUUAUUCCAGAGAGUACAUUGACGAUUUCCAGCAUUAUCAAAAGAAGCUAAUGAAGAUGACACAAGAUAGAGUCAUCACUGGUAUUUCUGUGCUGGAGUGUGCCAAAGCGUGUGUAGAUGAAGAGAAUGCAGGCUGCGCUACAUUCUCCUACUGUGGAAACUACACAGAGUGUCGACUUAGCGGAGUUUCUCUAAGUUCCGCUGGACAGUCAACCGUCCAGGCCAGUGCUUACUGUGAUAUCUACUCUAGAAAGUACUACCCGAACGGCCAGGUCUACGCUGCCCCUGUUACCGCACCUGCUGCUUCAGGAUACAGUGGGGGCGCGAUGGCUGGACUUGCAGUAGGCAUGAUCGCACUAGGACUCAUACUGGCAGUUGUAGCUGUCGUGAUAUACCUCAAAUCUAACAACAAAACAAUGGACGAUAUGAAGAUCUCCUUUAAGCGCAUGGAUGAGAAUGAGUCAUAGUACCGUGCCGUUCAUUGGUGCAUGUAAAUAAUAGUCUACUCACUAGAUCCAUAUUUCUAAAUGUUCGUCUUAUGUUUUGCUUUGAAAAUACAGUGUCACUUUGUUAAACCCAAUCACGAUAAUCCGGACAACCUUGUUAUUCCGGAUCUUGAUAAUACGGAAAAACCUUCUUUCCGGACUAUUGUUUUACCUCACUAUACUUCGUUAACUCCUCAGCUUCAGUAUUCUAAACAUUAUUUUGGAAUACAAUUUGUUUGGAUCAAACAGUUCCCAUUGGGUGUAUAGCAUUAAUGGCGCUGCUGUACAAUGUUUUAUUUUUAUUUUGCGAGGGAUGGUUCCCGAACUACAGCGAGAGUUGAAGUUAAGGGAAGAUAACCGUAGCCUUUACUUCAUACGCACGCUAGAUGGUGUGAUUUAAUAAACACCUCUUGUAAUUAGUGAAAAGUUGCUAGUUUAUGAAAGAUGUGCGAUUGCCGCUACCUCUCAACUAAAGCAACCCAAUUUUAUAAAUAAAAAAAUAGUUUAAGGUGCAUACACAGACAUUCGUGGGUUUACGGGCCUUCAUAAAUUUCUGAGGUUGGUUCAUCUUCGCUGGCCAAGUGUUCGCUUCGUAAACACUCCAAUUACCAAAGAGGGUAAGUGGAGUGUAUACGAAGUGAACACUUGGCUAGCGAAGAUAAGGUUGGUUAUCUGCUUAGCACUGUAAGUGUGACACAGUGAAGCUGUAUAAGGGUAUAUGCUUCAGAAGGAGUCUAUACACAUUGUGAAUUCAUUAAAUCUUUUGAUAGUGUUUAAAUUUUAGUAGAGUAUUCCAAGAAUAUCGCCAAUCGGAAUAAAUGGAGUGUGUUUUCGUGUUAUAUAUAUGUAAAAAUAAGACAACGGUGUAGAUGUAUCUUGAUAAACUGUCAUCUCAAUAUAUAAUCGGUAUACCAGAUCAUCACGUCACACUCUGUAUUUGGUUUUGUGUAUGAAAGCAUAUAAUAAAUAAAGUACUUUAUAAUUAG